AUGGGUUCCGCGGGCGGUACUAUUGGCAUUGUUACGCUCAUCAUCAUCCUUGUGGCCGUGGCUGUGAGCGUGGUAACAUGCCUCCGUCGCAAGCACGAGACGCCUCCAAACAUAGUCUAUGGUCGACAGCACAACGGACGUUGGUCAAGUGAGUACUAUAGCACACGCCUGCCAGCUCGGAGGAAUCUGGUCAAUGGUAAGACGGCAAGAGAGAGGGGAGAGGUCGAUCCGUGGGAGCUACGGCGUGACGUGAGGAUGCCGUCGGUUAAGCCAGCUCGAGUCCGUAAGGAACGAGGUGAAGCCUACAGAGCUGAGCGCUCGGACAAUUGGGUGUAA